GGCACCAUGUCCGGCUCCGGCAGGAAAGACUUCGACGUGAAGCAUAUCCUGCGCCUCCGCUGGAAACUGUUCAGCCACCCCUCGCCGGCGGGCGGCCCGGCGGGGGGAGGCUGCCUGCCGCCCGACAGCAGCUUCGAGCACUGGGGACCGAGCCAGAGCCGCCUGCUGAAGAGCCAGGAGAGAGGCAACGGCGUCUUCUGGAAGAAAUCCGCCUCCUCCGCCUCCUCCUCGGCGACCACCACGGCCAGCCCGCCCAACGGGACGCUGCUGCCCGCCGGCGGCCGGCCGGCCACGGGGCACGGCCCGGGACCGCCGCCGCCCCGCACCGUCUUCUACGUGGAGUCCCUGGAGGAGGAGGAGGAGGCGGUGCCCGGCGGGAUGGAGGUGGCCCGCGAGCCCGAGAAGCCCCUGGCGCCGCCGGAGCGGGAGGAGGCGCCGGGGGGCUGCGCCGAUGGAGGCAGCCGGGCAACAGGUGACGGAGGCGGGCACAGACUGUCAGGAGCCAGCCACUCCUUGCCACCCCACUGUGACAUGGAUUCGUGUAGCUCUGAGGAAUUCUACCAGGCUGUUCACCACGCAGAGCAAACCUUCAGGAAAAUGGAGAGCUACUUGAAGCAGCAGCAGCUCUGUGAUGUUAUCCUGAUUGCUGGGGAUCGCAAGAUACCUGCACAUAGACUUGUCCUCAGUUCUGUCUCCGACUACUUUGCUGCCAUGUUUACAAGUGAUGUCUGUGAAGCCAAGCAGGAAGAGAUCAAAAUGGAAGGCAUAGACCCCAAUGCACUGUGGGACCUUGUUCAGUUUGCAUAUACAGGCUGCCUGGAGUUAAAAGAGGACACCAUUGAAAACCUCCUAGCAGCUGCCUGCCUCCUCCAGCUCCCCCAAGUCGUAGAGGUUUGCUGCCAUUUUCUAAUGAAGCUUUUGCACCCAUCCAACUGUUUGGGAAUACGAGCAUUUGCCGAUGCACAAGGGUGCACAGAGCUUAUGAAGGUGGCUCACAACUACACCAUGGAAAACAUAAUGGAAGUUAUAAGAAAUCAAGAAUUUUUACUUCUACCUGCCGAAGAACUCCAUAAACUUCUUGCCAGUGAUGAUGUGAAUGUUCCUGAUGAAGAGACCAUUUUCCAUGCCUUAAUGAUGUGGGUGAAAUAUGAUAUGCAGAGGCGAUGCAAUGACCUAAGUAUGCUGCUUGCUUAUAUCAGAUUACCACUCCUUCCACCUCAGAUAUUGGCUGACCUGGAAAACCAUGCACUUUUUAAGAAUGACCUGGAAUGCCAGAAGCUUAUUCUGGAGGCCAUGAAAUAUCAUCUUUUACCAGAAAGAAGAACUCUCAUGCAAAGUCCAAGAACUAAGCCUAGAAAAUCUACAGUUGGAACACUUUAUGCUGUUGGAGGAAUGGAUAACAACAAAGGAGCUACAACUAUUGAAAAGUAUGAUCUCAGAACAAACAUAUGGAUUCAGGCUGGUGUAAUGAAUGGCAGGAGGCUUCAGUUUGGUGUUGCUGUCAUCGAUGACAAGCUGUUUGUCAUUGGAGGCCGGGAUGGUUUAAAGACAUUAAACACUGUUGAAUGUUACAACCCAAAGACCAAGGCUUGGACUGUGUUACCACCUAUGUCAACACACAGACAUGGAUUAGGAGUUACAGUGCUUGAAGGGCCUAUUUAUGCCGUUGGAGGACAUGAUGGUUGGAGUUAUUUGAACACAGUGGAGAGGUGGGACCCUCAAAGUCAGCAGUGGACAUUUGUGGCAAGUAUGUCAAUUGCCAGAAGCACUGUUGGAGUAGCAGCAUUAAAUGGCAAGUUAUAUUCAGUUGGAGGUCGGGAUGGAAGUUCAUGUUUGAGUUCAAUGGAAUAUUAUGAUCCUCACACAAACAAAUGGAAUAUGUGUGCUCCUAUGUGUAAGAGAAGAGGAGGUGUAGGAGUGGCUACCUGUGAUGGCUUUCUCUAUGCAGUUGGAGGUCAUGAUGCUCCUGCUUCUAAUCACUGUUCUCGACUGCUGGACUACGUGGAAAGGUAUGACCCAAAAACUGAUACAUGGACAAUGGUGGCUCCACUGAGUAUGCCUCGAGAUGCUGUUGGUGUUUGUCUCCUUGGUGACAAAUUAUAUGCAGUAGGCGGCUAUGAUGGUCAAUCAUACCUGAACACUAUGGAAGCAUAUGACCCUCAAACUAAUGAAUGGACACAGAUGGCUUCCUUAAAUAUUGGAAGAGCUGGUGCCUGUGUUGUAGUCAUCAAACAUGACUUUGUCAGCACUGCUUAGAAUUUUACUGACUGUGAAAUGAUUAUUUUUCUAUGAGACAAAGAGAAUGAUAACUUCACAAGAACAAGGAUUUACACAGUGAAUACACAGUUGAUCACAAACUUGAAGAAGUUUGGAAGUGACAAAGAUUAAGUAUUUAUGGCCUAUGUAAUCAUAAAACUGUUCAUAGUCAGUGAACAAGAAAAAAGCCCUGCGACUAUUGUAGGCAUAAAUAUGUGAAUGUAGAGUAGUGAGUUCAGGUAUGGUUCUCAUGAAUGUGUCCUGAAGAACUGGAUAAUCGUGGUAAAUCUACACAAAGAGCGGAAAGGAAUGAAAGAACAGUUUUUGUGGUUGCAAGAAAAUGGCAGAAACAUGAAAGUAGAUUAAAUCAAUUUUAAACUGUGUUUUUUAAAAGAGAAUAGUGGAUAGUAAUAUAAUUUUUUUGCUGUUUGGGUCUUGUCUUCAAAUUGGUCAUGGUCUUCUCAUUUAAAUGAGCAGUUUGACUUUAUUGAAAGGAAGAGGUCAAAUGGUCUGGAUACUCAUAGCAACUGAGCUGUGACUCUCGAGUAGGAAGAAACACAAAACUAAAAGUAGACUUCUUUGGUAACUUCAGAUUGUACCUCCUCACCAGUGUUAAUGCAUCUUAUAAAUGAGUCCAUUGAGGGGGAAGCCUGUGUGUUUAAUCAACUAAUAUAUAAAGCAGUCCUGUGGCUGCACUGGGCUUUGUUGCAAAUAGGGGAGUCAAAGAAGCAGUUACUUAAUUCUUUCUUAAUCUUAUAUUCAGUUUGAGCAUGUGGGCUCUAACCUUAUUGUUUGGUGCAUCUGCUGCAUGUUGGAAGCUCAUGACAAGCUGGAAGAUUGAUACCCUUAUUUCGCUGCAUCACGUUAAUGAAUGAACCAUGACAAGAACAGUCUAUAGAGCCUCUUCUAACAUUUCAAGAGGAAGAAAAAUCCUGCAUUUUAUUUCUCUCUGAUGCUUGUACAUACACAGUUUUGCGUACAUAGAGCUGCCAAUUUAUGACUUUCCACUUAUGAUUGAGAAUAACUUCUAGUCAGGAAAUCAAAAUAAAUGCAAGUGGAAUAAGGAAAAUUAGACCAUUUGAUCUAAUAAAGUUCAUAUGGUAAAUGUACUAGUGUCAUCUGUGAUUCCUUUUAGGGUUGAUAAUAUCUGCCAGUAAUGAUAGUUUGAGCUUUUGCUUUGGCAGUAGCUUUGAUGCUGAUGCUUUCUCUUUGCUCAGCUGAAUCAGUUGGAACAUAAAGCCACUACUGGAAUAUGAAAUUCUGCUCUUCAGGGAUGCACAGCUUUUGGGAACAGGGCACCAAACCUGCUUCUAUAAAGCCUUGCUGAUCCUAUAGGAAAUACGUCAUGGCCCAAAAGCAGAUACCUCACAAUCCUCUGUUGCUAGCAAUUUUGAGAAGGAAUUCUGGUUGCACUAAAAUGAGUUGUCUUAGUGGAAACCUCUGCAAUCAUUUGAGAUGAAAAAAUACAUAGAGGUUCCAUCUUGGGACAUUUGAUUUGAAGAUCCAUCUCUCCUUCUAACAGCAUCGGUAUGCAUGGAGGUCUUUGUUUACUGAUGUAAGCUGAAUUGCAAUUCUGAAGCCUAAGUAUAUGGAUUUAAAUAUUUUAAAUAUUUCUCUGUCCUAAUUUGAA